AAGGCGGGGACGAGUUUUAAAAGGAAAGAUUCCCGGGUGGCGAUGAUAACGCGUUGGAGAAUGUGAAGAACUGGGAUGUCCACAACGGCCUGGUUCCCCCCCCUCCGCCCCUCCCCUGCAGAUUUUGGGAUGUCCUCUGGAUAUAAAAAAGGGUCACAGAAAAGGGGUGGGAAGCGAGUACAGGAUUUGCUAAACCCGCUUAUGGCUGGAGUCCGUGCUGUGGGCGCUGAGGGGUCGUCUCCUCUCUUGCUGGGUUGGCAUUAAGAGGAGAGGUCUCAGGCCUCAAACUUUGCUUGAACUGUGCUUCCCCUCCAGCUUUUAAAGAUCUCUCAGAAGUUUGCAGAAGAACUUGACUGUGCUAAUAUUGGAUCUGCAUAAUUGCCUCCACUUACAAGCCAGAAGGAAGAUGGCACCCACCUUGCAUCAGGCAUACCGGCGACGCUGGUGGAUGGCCUGUACUGCGGUGGUGGAAAAUCUCUUUUUCUCUGCUGUUUUGCUGGGCUGGGCCUCCUUACUCAUUAUGCUCAAACUUGAAGGCUUCUACUCCCAUAUGUGCACAGAUAAGAGUAACACCAAUGUUUCAAUUGUGGUUAAUGUGACCCAUCCCUUCAGUUGUGUGGCACAGGAAGAAAUGCUUACCUUGGGUUUCACCAUUGGCUCCUUUCUCUUGAGUGCGGCUACUUUGCCUCUUGGCAUCCUGAUGGACCGACUUGGACCAAGGCCACUUCGCCUACUUGGCAGUGCCAGCUUUGCUCUCUCCUGUGCUCUUAUGGCUCUGGCUGCCUACAACCCAUUAGUUCUUUCUCCAUUGAUUUUUCUUGGCCUUUCCUUAAAUGGUUUUGGUGGAAUCUGCCUGACCUUCACCUCCUUAACUCUGCCCAACAUGUUUGGAAACUUGCGUUCUACUUUCAUGGCACUCUUGAUUGGCUCUUAUGCUUCUUCUGCUGUUACUUUUCCUGGAGUUAAGCUGAUCUAUGAUGCAGGAGUUUCCUUCAUCGUUAUCAUGCUUGUCUGGUCAGGCCUGGCUUGCCUCAUCUUCCUCAACUGCGUGAUCAACUGGCCUAAGGAGUCCUUCCCAGCUCCAGAAGAGGCCAAUUAUACGAAGAAGAUCAAACUGAGCAGCCUAGCUCUAGAUCACAAGGUGACUGGUGACCGAUUCUACAGGCACGUGACGGCUGUGGGGCAGCGGCUAAGCCAGAGGGGGCCGCAGCUGGAGGGGGGCAAAGAGGCACUCUACCCAUCAGUGCAGGACCUCUGCCAAGGACCCACCAAAUCUGCCCAGCGCUCCAUCCCCUUCUGCCGUAGUGUCUGUUCUCCCAUCUUUCUAUGGAGCCUCAUCCUAAUGGGCAUGACGCAGUUGCGAAUCAUCUUCUAUAUGGCAGCCAUGAACAAGAUGCUGGAGUUCCAGGUGACAGGUGGCGUGUACCCAGUGCCAAAAGAAUUGGAGGAUACAACCGAGAAAACAGUCAGUUUCUACUCUUCCAUCUUUGGUGUCAUGCAGUUGUUAUGUCUUCUCACUUGUCCCUUCAUUGGCUAUGUGAUGGACUGGCGCAUAAAGGAUUGUGUGGAUGCACCAGGAAAUAUAAACCGUGCUGGAUCUAUCAAUCCUGAGGUGAAAGGAAUUCCACCUAAAGUCCGCUACCUUAAGAUCCAGAAGCUCACCAAUGCUAUCCGAGCUUUUGUCACCACCAACCUUCUGUUGGUUGGGUUUGGUGUCACCUGUUUGAUCAACAAUCUUCCUCUGCAGUAUGUGACCUUCAUUCUUCACACCAUGGUGCGCGGCUUUUUCCAUUCUGCCUGUGGAGCUCUCUAUGCUGCUGUGUACCCUUCCAAUCACUUUGGUACAUUGACCGGACUCCAGUCUUUGAUCAGUGCCGUAUUUGCUCUCCUCCAACAGCCACUUUUCAUGACUAUGGUGGGCCCAUUACACGGGGAUGCCUUCUGGGUGA